UCCGCUUCUCUUUUCUAACACGACAGGAGUGGAUAGCCAAAUGCUCUCUCUCUCUCUCUCUCUACGUAUAUACCUUACAUAUAUUAUUACCCAUUUCACAUCCCUCUCUCUCUCUCUCUCUCUCUCUCUCUCCACUUGAUGAUAAAAACGCAUCAUUUCCUCCUCCUUUGCUAAUUGGAACAAACGGUAAAUUGGAAGAACAAACAAGCAGAGAGCAAAAGUGAGGGCCUGUCGCCCUCUGCUCUUUCUUAUGUUAUGCCUCCCCUCAGAUCUUAGAUUCUCUUCCUUUCUCUCAUCUGGGUCUUCUUCUACUGUUGGUAAAAUUAUGCUGCUUUGCUCUACGCCACUCAAUUCUGCGUUUUGAUAUUUUCCCCAUUUUUCUAGUCAAAUUCAAUUCUCUUCUGGGUUUUCCAGGAAUCCUUUGAUCUUUUGUUGAUCGCUUAUUGAUCUGUGAAAGAUCUGAUGUUUUUCUAUUGAUUCCAAGACUACCCAUUCUCUCGCUAAUCAUAAAAGUCUCCAAUUUUCCACUGAAUUCCUUCCUGGGCUGGGUGGGGAAGGUAAUACACUCUGCCGUGCAGAAUGGAAAUGGAGCCUGGAAAACUAUUCAUUGGUGGGAUUGCUUGGGACACAAAUGAAGACCGUCUGAGAGAGUACUUCCAAACUUUUGGUGACAUAGUUGAAGCUGUGAUAAUGAAGGAUCGGAACACAGGCCGUGCUCGUGGUUUCGGGUUUGUCGUCUUUGCUGACCCUGCUGUUGCAGAGAGAGUGGUCAAGGAGAAGCACAUGAUAGAUGGUAGAACUGUUGAAGCAAAGAAAGCUGUUCCGAGGGAUGAUCAAAACAUGAUAAACAGAAACAAUGGCAGCCUUCAGGUGUCACCAGGUCUUAUUCGUACAAAAAAGAUUUUUGUGGGAGGUUUAGCAUCAACAGUCACAGAGAAUGACUUCAAAAAGUAUUUUGAUCAGUUUGGUACAAUCACGGAUGUUGUGGUCAUGUAUGACCACAUGACCCAAAGGCCUAGGGGAUUUGGGUUUAUCACAUUUGAUUCAGAAGAAUCUGUAGACAAAGUGUUGCUCAAGACCUUUCAUGAACUUAAUGGUAAAAUGGUUGAGGUUAAGCGGGCUGUCCCCAAGGAGUUAUCUCCAGGGCCAAGUCGGAACCAGUUGUCCGGAUAUGGCUAUGGCCUGAGUAGGGUUAGUAGUUUCCUGAAUGCCUACACUCAGGGAUAUAAUCCAAGCUCAGUUGGAGGAUAUGGAAUGAGGUUGGAUGGUAGAUUCAAUCCUGUUACAGUUGGGCGGAGUGGUUAUCUUCCAUUUAACUCUCCUGGUUAUGGGAUGGGAUUAAAUUUUGAGCCUGGAUUAAGUCCAAGCUACAGAGGAAGCGGAAACUUCAGGUCUGCUAUUGGCUAUGGGCGUGGAUUGAACCCUUUCCAUACUAGUAGCCCAAACAGGUAUAGCAGUCCUGUUGAGUAUGGUGGUGGAACUGGUUCUAUUUUAAGUUCAGCAACUCAGAACAUGUGGGGGAAUGGGACUUCUAACUAUAAUUCAAAUUCUGCAAACUACAAUGAUUUUGGGGGGCCUGAAAGUGGAAAUAAAGAAUUUGCUGAUGCUUAUGGCACUAUUGGAGCAAUUUGGGGUUCCUCCAACAUUUCUGGCCUAGUUGGAGGCAUGGAUCCAAUGUACAGCGGUGGCAACUUAAACACGGACAAUAGUUUCAGGUCACGAGUGGAGAAUUACCGAAAAAACAGUGAAAGUAGUACUGUCCCAACAUCAUCAAGUGAUGGUCUUGAUGGACCUUUGGGAAACUUCUAUGGAGGUGGUUCAUUUUAUGACAAUCUUACUUGGCAGUCAUCAUCUCCAGAGUUGGAGAGCGCGGGUGCUUUUGGUAAUGGGCAUAGCAAAGUGACAUCAGACAUUAUACCCAAAAACUCAACUGGAUAUAUUGAUGGGUAUACUGUUACUAAUAGAGCUAAUAGAGGAAUUGCUGCCUAGGAUGAUAAUUGUAUGGAUUUCAGAAGUGUACCGGUGAAGGACAUCAGGUGAACCAUACGGACAGUGCAUUCUUAUACUAGUUCUGGCAAAGAUUGUUCAGUUUGAUAGCAAACUUAACUACAGCUGAUUGGAACACCUGUUCUAUAAAACUUACCUUUGAGAAAGAAGUUUAAAAGACGGUUUGGGUUUGGUGGAAUCGAGCUUGGGAUUUCAGUAUAGGGUUUCUUUCUUAAGAAUUGAGAUGUAAAAUCAGAUUGCAUGAGGUACUAAAAAACUUACUGUAUCAUGCAUCUUUGGCGUCGGAUACAUAAAACGCAGAGGUUCUUUUUUCUUCUUUGUUUUUCUGUUCUUUCUGCUUUACCAUCCAGCAGAGUUUGCUAGUGCCUUUGUCAAGCAUGUGUGUUAUUUUAUUCCUUCCUUUUUCUGGGUUUUACUGUUUGCA